UCCUUGAGAUUAUUGUGUGACAUUGGAGCUGUCAGUUCUGGGGCAUUAAUUGACAUCCUGUAUCAGGUUAGGUUAAUAAUCUCCAGCUUGGUUCUGCUUGAGCAGAUCUGCAUGCCUGCAGACAGAGAUCAGUGAUGAAAAUGUAGCCUCCAGGGGAGGAUGAUUAAAUACCACACGGCCGGCCGACAGCUCAGUAGUUGCAUCUCAGGAUGUGCAGGCAAAGAAACCUGUAAGCCCUCUGAACUGCCUUUGGAAAGAAGCGCUCGCCCAAAGGCUGGGUUGUGUCAGCCCACCUGACCCCUUUCAAGAAUGCCUGCGGCAAUCAAAGCAUCUCCUGAUGAUGGAAUGACAGAGCCUACAAAUCAGGAAAGGAUAUUAACAGCACCAUUCGCCUGCAAGAAAAACAAUAAGGAUGUACAGAUGCCUGUUUGUUUCAGCAAGAUGUCCCAGGAGCCUAGGAAGAAUUUUCCCCACACCAAACAAGUUGGGAAUUACCUGGUGGGCAAAAUGAUCAACAAAGGUUCCUUUGCCAAAGUGAUGGAGGGCUUACACAUCCCCACUGGGGAGAAGGUAGCCAUAAAGGUUAUCGACAAGAAAAAAGCCAAACAAGACUCCUAUGUUUUGAAAAAUAUGAAGCGGGAGCCUCGGAUACAUCAGAUGAUUAAACAUCCCAAUAUUGUUCAGCUCUAUGAAACGCUGGAGACGGAAAACUCCUAUUACAUGGUGAUGGAACUAUGCCUAGGGGGAGAUCUCAUGGACAGAAUCUGUGAGAAAAGGAGACUAGAGGAGAAGGAAGUGAAGAAAUAUACAAGGCAGAUCAUGUCUGCAGUAGAACAUUUGCACCGUCACGGGAUUGUCCACAGAGAUUUGAAGAUUGAAAAUUUUCUUCUGAAUGAAAAUUGCAGCAUCAAAAUUGUUGAUUUUGGAUUGAGCAACAUCAUGAAGUUUGAGGGGCUUUCUCAAGAACUGUUAAACACACAGUGUGGGAGUCCUGCAUACGCAGCCCCAGAACUCUUGGCUCAUAAAAAAUAUGGACCAAAAGUGGAUGUCUGGUCCAUAGGAGUGAGUAUGUUUGCCAUGCUAACUGGCACACUGCCGUUCACUGUGGAACCCUUCAAUAUCAAGCAGCUUCACCUCAAGAUGAUCAAGGGUGAGAUGAAUCCCAUCCCACCCAACAUUUCCACAGGAGCUGUUCGCUUUAUACACUCCUUACUUGAACCUGAUCCGACUAAACGACCUAAUAUUAAAGAGGCAAUGAAAGAUAAAUGGCUGAAUGACAGUAAUAACAGGAAACCACUGAAUCCAUCCAUAUAUAAAAACAGAGUUUGCUCUGAUGAACUGAAUCCUGUUGUUUUGAGUUACAUGACAGAAGGAAUGGCACUCAACCUGUCGAAUAUCAUCAAUGUCUUGAUAAACAAUAAGCCAUCUUCUACAACAGCAACCUACUACUUGCUUCUGAAGAAAUUAACUAGAUAUCAAAAAGAAAACAGGAUAACAAAGAAGGAAAGUGCGCCAGAAAAGCUUGAUGGCAAACCUUCUGUAAGUCAAGAUGCAGAUAUUUCAGCUUCUCCAGUGGCAGAGCUGAUCACAGCAGAAAACCUGAAAAGUGGUAACAGCAAAGGAUUCCCUUCUGUUCCAAACUCAGAAAUGCCAUAUAGUAUCCAGGAAGAUGAAAUUGCCAUUACUCUGGAAAACCAAGAAAUCUUACCAGAAGUUUCCAAGUUUGCAGACAGAGAAUUUGUUCACUUUGAGCCUCCUACGUCUCCAAAUACGCUUUUUUCUGGCGAGCCAUUAAAUAAGAUGCAACCAGGUCUGGGGGAAAAUGUAGAAGAUAUUAAGGAUUUCACAGACAUCAGAAAGUCAUAUUUGUCAGAAAAGCCACCUUCAGCUUUAGAAAAUUUCCCAGUGCAUUCUAUCAACGACCAGCCUCAGAGGUCCUGGAUGUCGUGUACAAGUCAAAUGACUCCAACGUCAGCGACCGAAAACAGGAUUUUAAACCAAAGUCCUAGGGCUUUUCCAGACACAAGAGUCAAAGAUUUCCUCAAAGCAAUGGAUGAAAAUCUCCCCUCUCCAGGAUGCCAAUUUCAAGAGAAAAACAACUCAGCUUUCUUGAUUAUGGAAACACCACAGCUCUCACCUUUACCAAGGCUGAGGCAAGUGGCCUUGAGGGACCCCAUCAUAAAAAAGAUCUCGUGGAUGGGACUACCACAGCGACAACCCAGUGGCUCCACUCCAUUUUUUAUUAACAGUUCAAGAACUCCAAUUUUCCCCAUGGCCCAACAACAGACACUUAUGAUGAGAAGCUUGAGGCAGUCAAAAGACAAAUCCAAAGACUUUUUAAAGAGAGAUAAAAUCAAGAGGAACUUUGUACAACUGAAACAUAUGCCUAGGGAUACAGACUUGAAUCUUCCAGUAUUAUCUCCACCAUAUCAAACAAGGUCAGGGAAAAAAUCUGAGAUUUUAAGGUUAGAUUUUGCAUAAUUGAAACAAAUGCAGGCCUCUGUAAUAAAUGCAAAGCAGUUGUUGUGUAGAUAUGGGCCAGUCAGUGAAAAGACCAAGGGUUUGGUGAACAACUAACAAGGACAGAUCACAGGUGACAGAGAAAAAGAGAUGAAAAGUAAUAUCUUGUGCUGAACAGGUGGAUCAAAGGGAAGGGAAGGCUUUGCACAUAAUUGAAUAAUAAGACGCAGCUUAACCUCCAAAGAUAUAAUAUGUAGAAGCACCAUAGUUGGGAUGCUGAAUGGCCAUAGGUGACACAUUUCCACUUGUUUUCCUGUUUUCACAGAUGCUAUUUCCAAAACCUGUGCCAAGUAGUUUUAUUUUAAAAACUGCUAUAAAAUCUUUGGUGCCUAAAAUACACAGUUAUUGUUAUUGUUGUCGUGUUGUCAUUAGUAGCAGCAGCAUUAUGCACGCUCAUGAUGGUGACAUCUUAACAGUUACAUCCAAAGCCCACUUGCAGCAUUUUUUUAAAUUAAUGUUAUCGAAACUUGUGAGGAGGAUAUGGUAACACAUAGAGAGAGUGACAUUCUGAAGAGCAGAGACUCUCCAUGCCACUGAGAACUACCGUUUUCCAAGGGUACAAAAUUGCAGGAUGAGCAUUGACAGAGAGAGAAGGCUGUCUUCACAAAGUUGCUCAUCAUGUGAAGAUAGCAACAACAGCAGGGAUAGGGCUAAUGUACUCCUUUCCUUUGUAUUUGAGUAUUCAAGACAGAAAACAAGUGAAUAGGGCUCAAGUCAGCCAAAGAGCUGAAUAAUUCUCAAUGAAAGUAUUAAGUGGCAGCUUUUCUUAAAGCCAGGGCAUCUCCAGCUUAAUUCUGGCUCUCAGCCUAACUG